UUAUGGAACCCGCAACCUUCGUUAUAAGAACAGCUCAGAUGACAGAUAGUCAGAUACAGAUAGGUUGAGGACUUCUGAACUGGAGCGUGACGACUGUAGCUAACUAGUUUGAGGGUUCGGACAUUGAAUAAAACAGAGUUGAAGUUGUACAAAGCUCAGCCAUCUCUAGUACAGUGGCCUUAGGCAGGAAGUAGUGUAAAAUGCUCAUUCCAAGUUUGCAAGUGUUUGGAACAGCUUUUUGUGCCUUAAGACUUCUUUCAUCUAGAGCAGCACCUGUCGUUGAGACAGUUUCAAAAAUGGACAAUUGGAAAAAUGCCACAUCCAUCUAUGAAUUCACAGCCAAUGAUAUUAAUGGCAAAGAAGUGUCAUUGGAAAAAUAUAGAGGGCAUGUGUGUAUUAUCGUAAAUGUGGCAUCAGAAUGUGGAUAUACGGCAACACACUACAAAGAGCUGGUUGAACUUCAUGAGAAAUAUGCAGAGUCAAAAGGACUUCGAAUAUUAGCAUUUCCCUGCAACCAGUUUGGUCAUCAGGAACCUGGAAAUUCGGAGGAGAUAGUGUGUUUUGUUAAACAAAGAAAAGUAAAUUUUGACAUGUUUGAAAAAAUUGAUGUCAAUGGAGAUAAUGCACAUCCGUUAUGGAAAUAUCUUAAGUACAAGCAAGGUGGAACUCUUGGAGAUUUCAUUAAGUGGAAUUUCACCAAAUUUAUUAUUGAUAAAAAUGGACAGCCAGUUGAACGACACAGCCCAAAUACAAAUCCAAGUGCUCUCGUUCCAAACCUCGAGAAAUAUUGGUGAUGGGAAGUUGUAAUGAAGAAUGGCAGCUGCCAAGUAGUUUGUAACUGAAAUGAGUUUUUAUGAGAAAUUUAUUAUAACAUGAUUAAUGUACUUCUGUUCAAAAAUUUGUGUCCCAUAUUAGCUUUUGUUAAGCAGAGGUGUGUGCCGAUAAUGUUGAAACAGUAAUGUGGAAUUCAUCAUCUGAUUGAUUACGAGAUUGGCACAGUAAGGUGUCAUGUAAAGGGUUGGAAAUUUUAACAUGAAAGACUUAAAAAAUAACAUUAUAAUUUUAAAACAAAUGGAGAGUUUGCACUCUCUUACAAGUGUUACAGGAUCAUAAGAGGGGAAUAAAGAUGUAAGACAAAAAUGUGUUUCAACUUUAUGUGCAACUUAAAUAGGAAUAAUAAAAUGUACCACAAGGACCGCAUUUUAUGAUUCAGAUAAUUUGCCCAGACCUUUGUUAAUGAUUGCUGGUUCCAUAAAGCUCAGCUUAACUUGACUAUUUGCAGGCAGUUUCCUGAAAUGUGCUAAUUGUCAUGUGAUACCCAAACACAAAAACCUGCAACACCUUUGUUCUAGUGUGUUAAUAGUGUUCGAAAGUUGGUCACACAAUAGUCUGCUUAUUACAUAUUAAAACUUUACUUUUUUUGUAAGUGGAAUGUUUUGCCAAAACUAACAGACUGUAUGUCAGAAGAUUUAUCUUUCAAAAACGUCUGAGCAUAUGAUUUCACAUUUCAUUCAUAGAAAACUUAAUUGCGUUGAAAAUUGGAGCUUAUGCAGCUUAAUAUGUCUAUUUUGUCACAAGUAAUUCUAGUGGUAUUAAGUUUUGUCAGCUGGACAAGAAACUACAGAAUAUAUUGUAAUUUUUCUGAAAUCAUUGUCUCUCGUGUGUAUUUUCUAAUAAAAGAAAUUUAUACUA